ACGCUAUGAGAGAAUUAAAGCUGGUAUUGGGCCAUGGCAAUCCACAUUUCACACCCACCUUUUAUUCUUUCUCUCUCCUUUUCUUCUUCUUCUUUACUUCUGCACUAAUAUAUCAUUUUCCCCACCCCCCAUUUCCUGCUUGCCAGUUCAGGAAAAGAAAGGAGUCUCCUUUCCAACUUCUCUGGUAUGGCUAUGUUAUUUUGAAAGAAGUUACUUCGCAACGAGAAUGGGUUCUGGUGAUUGGUUUAAGACAAUAAUUAGCUUAAGAAAAUCUAAAGACGGCAGAUCAAAGAAAGCAAAGGGUAUCUUAGCUCAAGAGAAACUAAAUGCAUCAAAGUCAAGCAAUUAUAAAGGAAAAGAGAAUAGUGGUUUAGCAAAUGGUAUUACAAGCAAAAACCUGGUGUCAGCUGGGGUGUCAGUUGAAACUAUUGCUGCAACAAGGAUCCAGACUGCAUUUCGAGCUUAUAAGGCUAGAAAAGUUUUGCGUCGCAUGAAAGGGUUUACAAAACUGAAGAUCCUAACAGAAGGCUUCUCUGCUAAAAAGCAAGCCAGUACGGCCAUAACAUACCUUCAUUCAUGGAGCAAGAUACAGGCUGAGAUUAGAGCUCGCCGAAUCUGUAUGGUAACAGAAGACAGGAUCAGGAGGAAGAAGCUAGAGUCCCAACUAAAAUUGGAGGCAAAACUUCAUGAUCUGGAGGUUGAAUGGUGUGGUGGUUCUGAAACCAUGGAAGAAAUCGUUGGAAGGAUACAUCAGAGGGAAGAAGCAGCAGUUAAGCGUGAAAGAGCCAUGGCAUAUGCCUUUUCUCAUCAGUGGAGGGCCAACUCUAGUCAGAGCCAACUGCUCGGUGAUUAUGAACUUAGCAAAGCUAAUUGGGGUUGGAGCUGGAAGGAGCGCUGGAUCGCUGCUCGCCCAUGGGAAAGCCGUGUCCCCAGCUUACCCGUGAACCCGAAGAAAGCUCAGCAUAAGCAGUCAAGCAAGGUUCAGAAGGAUAAGAACACACCAACACCAACACCUAAAACUCCUGUCUCAGUUAAACCUCUUUCUGCCAAUACAAAAGGGACUCCUCCUUCUGCCAAUGCAAAAGGGGCUUCAAAGGCUAGGAGAUUGUCUUAUCCACCAACUGAGAUAACUGCGGUUCAAGAGGAAGUGCAUUGAGUCCUCAGCAUGGUUGCUAAGGUAGAACACUAUUUUAAGUAUCAAGCUUUUUUGAUAAGUUGAGUCGAGCUGAAUCAAAUUGAUUUUCAAUUGGAUACAGUCCAUAAAAAGGGAACUAAGAAGCCAAGUUAUUUAUUUAUCGGAUUGCUUCCAAUUUGUGAAUAUGAGCGUGACUGAAAUUCAAACCACUGCAGAGAGUUUGUCAACAGACCUGCUUCUGCUUGUGGGUGUGAUUUGUUGAUUGCUUCUGUUUAUUAUCCUUUUCAAUCUUGUAUAUUCAACGAAGAGACAAAUUGUAGAUAGAAAUAGAACAAUAUCUAUAUUUUUUGUCCAUCUCUGUUGUAAUAGAAAAUUUCCACGUGAUCAUGUUGUUGACUUCGUCAUGGUUUAUUCUUACCACAUUGAGAUGGCUUGUGCUA